AUGGCUCAAAAGGCGUUCACCAUUUUGGAGGGGGAGGAGUGGGCGGUCAAGUUGUCGGGGGAGGAUUCCCAGUUGGUGUUGGUGGUCCGCUGGGAGGAUUACAAAGAUCAGACAAGCAUUUUCGUAGUGGUAAAGUACGAGACUUGCCCUUAUCCUUAUGAAGUAGACAGUAAACAAAUCGGACCCUACUGUUCCAAUGACGACGGUUGCCAUGGAUCACAAAAAUGUUGUCCAAAUUAUGUCUACGGCGGAAAUCGGUGUCAAAUCCCACGUGAAUAUCAACGAUACGGUAGCUGCAACAGUAAUUUUGUAGACCUUCCUUUCCACCCAACUCGCAGAGCAUGCAAUGAUGACACCAUUUGCCCCCAUGUUGGAAAAUGCUGUCGAAGAAGAUCGUCUAGGCAAAUAGACACAUGCACUUAUCCUUCCGUCCCUUACCGACUUGGCCUCGGUGGUGUAGGUGGUCCAUAUAGUCCAGUUGGUGGAGAGUCAUUUGGUCCUGUUGGUGGUGGUUCAUAUGGACCUGUAGGCGGUCCAGGUGUAGGAAGUCCACUGCUCCUGUUACUUCCCCAUGAAUCGUAUAAGAAAAAAUAUUAGAUUUGAUUGUGUAUAUCGUUGCUGUUCUUAAAAAAAUAAUAAAAGCUUCUAUCUUC